AUGGGUCAGCCCGGAUACAUUUCUAUAGUUCACAUCAUCAACACGCAGAGACAGGGUCUUCAAGAAAGACUGAUGCUUCUGUUUCCUGAAGACGUCCUGCUGCUUUCUGUCGACAGCAAACGGCUGAAUGUAAAAUACGAGGGCAGGUUGGCUCGAAACGGCAUUAAAGCAGUGGAGCGCACAGCUCGUCCUGGAAGGCUCGAGUUUGAGCUGAUAGGUGAGCUGCUGGAGCCUCUGCAGGUCUCGUGCACCUGCCUGGAGGAUUACCAGAACUGGGUUUUUCACCUGCAGCAGCCAGACAGAAGAAGCCACGUCACUGAGGGUCACCCUCCGCCUCCCCUCCAUCCAAAGCUCCAAGGGAGCAGGAAGCCGACCCAGGAGCUGAUCACAGCAGCCGAUCAGAACCACAUCAACGGGAGAGGCUGACCUGCCGCACUGAAGGAACCAAAGUAGUCACUAAUGUAAAAACAUGUUCAGUACCACUCCACAAUAAGGCUUCUUUAUAAAGGGUUUAUUAAUGCUUUAUAAAUGAGUUGAUAAAACAUUUUAAAACUAUUUUCAUUCCGUAAAGCAGUUUGAAAUGAUCAAGUGCUGUACUGUUAGUUAUUCA